CCCCGGAGCCGCGUCCCGAGCGAUGGCGGCGAACCGGGUGGGGCGGCGGCAGGGCCGGGGGGCGCCGGGGGGGCUCUCCCCGGGCCGGGGGGCGGCGGGGGGGCUCUCCCCGGGCCGGGGGUCCCCGGGCCGCAGCCCCGGUGUGCAGCGGAGAGCGGCGCGGGUCACGGUCAAGUACAACCGGCAGGAGCUGCAGCGGCGGCUGGACACGGAGCAGUGGAUCGACGGGAGGCUCGGGGAGCUCUACCGGGGACGGGAGCGGGACAUGCCCGACGAGGUGAACAUCGACGAGCUGCUGGAGCUGGAGACGGACGAGGAGCGAACCCGAAAACUGCAGGGCAUUCUGAGCUCCUGCACCGCCGAUACCCAGGAGUUCAUCGCGCAGCUGCUGGCGCUGCUCAGGGGGCUCCCGAAGCAGCGGCUGCUGCAGAGACCCCCCCCCAAAAACGAGGAGACCACGUGACCCCCCCAAAAACGAGGAGACCACGUGACCCCCCCAAAAACGAGACCACG